GGUGGCGUAAUCCUGUCUCGUAGAUUUGCAAAGAUCUUCCAGAUUUGGAUCCCCCGAAUCUCUUUCCUUUUCUCUCAAUCAAACCUCUACCUUCUCUUUCGUCUUUUAUAAGCAUCUCUUUCCUCUACCUUCUCAUUUCAUUUCAUCUUCUCAGCCUAACAGUUCCAUUCCUCAUUUCCUCCUGCCAAGCACCCCUCUGAGGAUCCGAUAUGACUAUCGCCGGCGACAUUUUCAGGCUCAAUUUGCCUCAGGUUCUCGAUGAAUCCCCUUCCUGUUCUCAGGAGCUCCAUGUUCUUGCCGUCGAUGACAGUCACGUCGAUCGUAAGGUCAUCGAACGCCUGCUCAAAAUUUCUUCUUGCAAAGUGACGGUUGUGGAUAGUGGAACCAGAGCUUUGCAAUACUUGGGAUUAGAUGGAGAGGAGAACUCCAUUGGGUUUAAUACUGCAAAGGUUAAUCUAAUCAUGACGGACUAUUCCAUGCCGGGGAUGACAGGAUAUGAACUUCUUAAGAAGAUCAAGCAGGAGUCAUCUAUUUUUAGAGAGAUUCCAGUGGUGAUCAUGUCUUCUGAGAACAUUUUGACACGGAUUGAUAGGUGUUUGGAGGAAGGAGCAGAGGAAUUUCUAUUAAAGCCAGUGAAGUUAUCAGAUGUUAAACGAUUGACUGACUUCAUCAUGAGGGGUGAAAUGGAGGGAAAGGAGAAAAGAUCUCAUAAAAAAAGGCGAUUUGAUGAUCCAAGUUCGUCUCCUUCAACACUGACCUCAUCGAAGUCUCAUCCAUGUGAUUCGUCAUCACCUCGACUGUCAUCAUUGUCCUCCAAGAGAUCUAUAUUACUACCAGAUUUUGAAUAGGGCAUUCUUUGUAUCCAUUUUCCGUACAAAUUAUAUUCGUGUCUUGGAGCCUCUCAUGUAUACACUAACCAUUAAAGAUUGCUGAUAGGUCCUAGAGUCACGAUUUUUUGCCCCCAUUAGCGGAUUCUGCCUCUGUACAGAUGAGAUUUGUUAAAAAAUCAAUAAAAAGCCUCUAUUGUUAAU